CGAGUAAACUUUCCAGCGGCUUCGGCCGGGGGCAUCUGCGGCGGCGGCGGCUGCGGGCUCCGUCCCCUGGCAGAUCCCGGCGGGGGAGCUAGUGCCUUGCGCUGGGAAGGUCUGGAGCCCCAGCCGAGAGCGGUGCCACCCUCCUUUGCCCCUGCCACUCUUCGCAGAGAGGAUCUGUUCCAGAACUGAGUGUUGACUGCUGCAGGGACCAUGGUGGGGUUUGCUGUGCUCCCAUCUGCAGACAGUGGGUUUCAUGCUUCCUGGUGCUGGAUCGUAAGAAUAAUUAGCAUCUCCUGAAGGUGGGAUUAUAACAUCUUUGGAGGACAGAAAAUUGGCUUCCAUCCCCGAAAGUGGUGAAGGUACAGCAGAUGGUAGCAUGGGUGGCACAGUAGUCAGGUGGCCACCUUCUGCGUCCUGUCCUAGGGAACAGAACCCAUUGUGAGGGUCCAUGUUGAGCUCGGCAAUAGAAGGAUCCAAAAGAGUUGAGUUUCCACAAAGAACAAGACCUUUACCCUCUCAUUUUUGACCUGAACACCGGGGAACGAUGGAUAUCAUAGAGACAGCAAAACUUGAAGAACAUAUGGAAAAUCAGACCAGUGAGCCUGCAAACACGUACACCAGACCUGCUGAACCUAUUGAAGAAGAAAACAAAAAUGGCAACGGGAAACCCAAGAGCUUAUCCAACGGGUUGCGAAAGGGCACCAAAAAGUACCCGGACUAUAUCCAAAUUGCUAUGCCCACUGACUCAAGGAACAAAUUUCCCCUAGAGUGGUGGAAAACGGGCAUUGCCUUCGUGUACGCUCUUUUCAACCUCGUCCUGACAACCGUCAUGAUCACGGUUGUGCAUGAGCGGGUCCCUCCCAAGGAACUGAGCCCUCCACUCCCAGACAAGUUCUUUGAUUACAUAGACCGGGUGAAAUGGGCAUUUUCUGUAUCAGAAAUAAAUGGGAUUAUAUUAGUUGGAUUAUGGAUUACCCAGUGGCUGUUUCUGAGAUACAAGUCAAUAGUGGGGCGCAGAUUCUUUUUUAUCAUUGGAACUUUAUACCUGUAUCGCUGUAUCACGAUGUACGUCACUACUCUCCCUGUGCCCGGAAUGCAUUUCCAAUGUGCUCCCAAGCUCAAUGGAGACUCUCAGGCAAAAGUACAGCGGAUUCUACGGUUGAUCUCUGGUGGAGGAUUGUCCAUAACUGGAUCACAUAUCUUGUGCGGAGACUUCCUCUUCAGCGGUCACACCGUCGUGCUGACACUAACUUACUUGUUCAUCAAAGAAUAUUCACCUCGCCACUUCUGGUGGUACCACUUAAUCUGCUGGCUGCUGAGCGCCGCUGGGAUCAUCUGCAUUCUUGUGGCGCACGAACACUACACUGUCGAUGUGAUCGUUGCCUAUUACAUCACCACACGGCUCUUUUGGUGGUACCAUUCCAUGGCCAAUGAAAAGAACUUGAAGGUCUCCUCACAGACUAAUUUCCUGUCUCGAGCAUGGUGGUUCCCCAUCUUUUAUUUUUUCGAGAAAAACGUGCAAGGCUCAAUUCCUUGCUGCUUCUCCUGGCCACUCUCCUGGCCUCCUGGCUGCUUUAAAUCAUCUUGCAAGAAGUAUUCACGGGUACAGAAGAUCGGUGAAGAUAACGAGAAAUCUACCUGAGGAGCAAAAACAAAGGCAUCAGCUCUUAUACCAAAAGAGUUAUCGCUGUAACCAAAGGUAUAGUUUUGGUUUUUUUUGUUGUUGUUUUUUUUUUUUACUUUAAGGAGAACUGCCUGGUACAUGAAGAAGCGGACCAAAUUUUGUGCAAAUGAUUAGAAAGAUGAACGAAGUAUUACCCUUUGACUGGUUUUGUAUUAUCCUGAGAAAGUUAUAUUUUCCUGCGGCUCUUCAUUCAUUGGUGACAAGCCCUCCAACUGGGAUUUUACUAAUGAGCUUGUUAAAGAGGUGCCAAAGAACAUAUUACUCCUUUCCUCAGUCUCUCUCCACUAAAGCGCUCUACUUCAGAGUUUUUUCAGGAUUUUUUUUUUCUUUCCCUCCAAGGUCAAAAGAAUUUGUUAAUGUUUUAAAUAAAAAUAUCUGGAUGUAUACA